UGAUGACGUUUGCCUGAAACCAUUGGAAGAUGUGGCUAACUUCAGCAAACGGGAUGAAUUUGUUAAUAUAAACUUGGAAUUCAAGAAAUAGCUGCAGGGAAUACGCGGUAAUUAAGAUAGGGACAAGAUGUUGGAAUCCUACGUCACACCGCUCUUGAUGAGCUAUGUGAACAAAUAUAUCAAGAAUUUGAAGCCGUCUGACCUGCAGCUGUCUCUCUGGGGAGGAGAUGUGGUACUCAGCAAGCUGGAUCUGAAACUAGAUGUCCUGGAACAGGAGUUGAAGCUGCCCUUCACUUUCAUGAGUGGUCACAUACAUGAGCUGCGUAUCCAUGUACCCUGGACCAAACUGGGCUCGGAGCCUGUUGUCAUCACCAUCAACACCAUGGAGUGCAUCCUCAAGCUGCGGGAUGGAGCCCAGGAUGACCACGAGAGUGGCUCCAGCUCCACCAGCCGCAGUGCCUCAGACAGCUCCAAAGCGGUGGCCAAGCCCCGCCGCCUCCAGCAGGCUGCCCCCAGUGACCCGGACCUGCCCCCAGGCUAUGUGCAGAGUCUCAUCAGGCGAGUAGUGAACAACGUGAACAUUGUGGUGAACAACCUGAUCCUGAAAUACGUGGAGGAUGACAUUGUGCUGUCGGUCAACAUCACCUCAGCAGAGUGCUACACUGUAGACGAUAUAUGGGAGAGGGCCUUCAUGGACAUAACUGCCCCAGAGCUGGUCCUGAGGAAAGUGAUCAACUUUGCUGACUGCACAGUGUGCUUGGACAAGCGGAACGCUAGCGGCAAGAUCGAGUUUUACCAGGACCCACUGCUAUAUAAAUGCUCCUUCAGAACCCGUCUUCACUUCACCUACGACAACAUGAACUCCAAGAUCCCAUCCGUCAUCAAAAUCCAGACCAUGGUGGAAAGCCUGAAGUUGUCCAUUACUGACCAGCAGCUGCCCAUGUUCAUCCGCAUCUUAGAGCUGAUUAUUGCCCUUUAUUAUGGAGAGAUUGGGGGGCACAAAGAGGGUGAGGGAGAGGAGGGCAGUGGGCAUGUCAGGGAGGCUGUGGCAAAUUUACCUGGUAUAGAUGUGGAUGUGGAGAACCAGGGGCUGACCAGACAGUACCCCAACCCAGACCUCUACAUGCAGGCUGGAGGGACAGAGGAGGCAGACCAGGGCUGGGUGUCCUGGGCCUGGUCCUUUGUCCCAGCCAUUGUAGGAACAGAGGAGGAGGAGGGAGAGGAAGGCCUUUACCAGCAGAGAGAGUCAGGAGGUGGCCCCAAUAACCCCCAACAACACACCCCCAAAGACCCCAUCGUCUCCAUAGGCUUUUACUGCACCAAGGCCUCUGUGACCUUUAAGCUGACAGAGACCCAGUCAGAGAGCAGCUACUACAGUCCUCAGAAGGUGAAGUCCAGAGAAGUUCUAUGUCUGGAGCAAGAGGGAAUCACGAUUGAGGUGCUGAUGAUGGGGGAGCCCUUCUUCGACUGUCAGAUUGGUUUUGUGGGUUGCCGGGCACUCUGCCUGAAAGGCAUCAUGGGAGUGCGUGAUUUUGAAGAGAACAUGAACCGACGUGAAGAGGAUGCUGUAUUCUUCAGCUGUGGGGAGAGCCUUAGCAGCAAAGGAAUGACCUACCUGACCAACUCCCUGUUUGACUACCGCAGUCCAGAGAACAACGGAGUCAGGGCCGAGUUCAUCCUAGAUGCCACCAACCACAAGGAGACCUACACAGAGAUAGUGGGCAUGCAGCGCUUUGGUGCUUUCUACAUGGAUUACCUCUACACAAUGGAAAAUGGCAGUGGCAAAGUGUGUAUUGGCUCUCAGGACUUCUCGGUGGUGAACGUAGAAGAGGCAGUGCCCCCUGUCCAGGAGACAUCAAUCAAGAGGCUGGUGGUGGGGCCUCUGGACAUCCGACUCCACAGCAGUGCUGUCCAUCGCAUCCUCAAAAUGAUCACCUGUGCCAUGGACCAUGAAUAUGAGCCCUACUGCAAACCACAGCGAGAAGUGGUUGAGGAGAGCCGAAGUCCAGCCACACCAGAGCAGAUAUCAGUCCUGGAGGAGUUCAUCCCCACCAGACUUACCUGUCUCACUCUACUCCAAGUCUCCAUCACAGUCACCAUGGCUGAGUUCAACUUGCUACACACACUCAUGCCCAUCAUCAUGGGACACAAGGCUGCACCGGGGUCUGUCAGUGCGCCGGUAUUCCAGCCUGUACGACCUCUACCAGCUGUGCGCUUCCAGGUUGAGAGGGUGAAUUUUGAGCACUCGGUGCCCAUGUAUGCUCCAGAGCUGGUCAGCACAAUCAGCAGUCUCAGCCAGCCCUCUGAUAACCUGUUACACCACUGCUAUGCACACUGCUACCUCAAGGUGUUUGGAUUCCAGGCAGGUUUAACAUGCCAGGACAGUACAGGGAGUUUCCUGCCUCUCAUCCCCAUCAUCCCUUCCUUCAGCACUGCGCUCUAUGGCAAGCUGUUGCAGAUGCCCGCCUACUGGACCAAGAGGUCUUUGGUGCCCACCUUUGAGUGUAUCUUUGAGCUUCCCCACUUCACGGUGCAGGCCACGCGGGCCCAGACACUGCUGCUUCAGGCGAUCUGCCAGAGCUGGACCCACAGUGUGGUGAAUGGAGCUCCACCGACACUCAGUGAGGGCCUGCUCAAUGAAGUCUACAGAGCUUCAGGUGUGAAAUCUCCAAGCCUGUCGCCGACUCUUGAGGGCUCCGUCCAGAAUGUGGAGCUGAAGUUGUGCAGCCGCGCGACGGUGAAAUGUGCCUCGGGAACCGUGGGAGCUGUAAAAGUGUGCGCCAGGACCCCAGGUUCAGCAGAGGGGGUGAAGGAGAAGCUAGUUCCUCUGAUCCAGGGUCCAUCUGACACCAAGGAGCUCCAUAUGAGCCGCUGGCUUAAUGAGAUCCGCAAACCUGAGUCCCUUCUGGCCCCUGACCUACUGGCAUUUUCUGUUCAGGUUCCUCAGCAAGGAGACGACUCCAGGAACUCAGGUGCUGUACUGCUGGUCAGUGUACAGGGCAUUGCCGUCAACGUAGACCCUGUCUUCUGUACUUGGCUGCUGCACCAGCCUCACAGAGGGAGCAGCAGACAGCAACAACAGCCUCCAGGAGCAGCUCCCCUGUCCAAGAGGAGAGAGGAUGAGGUCUCUGUGGGGAGCACGCCACUGGCCAAACAGCCCUCCAAUCAGGCCUCAGACUAUGCCAGCAGCCCGGUCAAAACCAAGACAGUGACAGAAUCACGUCCACUAUCCAUCCCGAUGAAGGUGAUGCCUAGCACUGCACCAGUGGAGUCAUGGGCAACCUCAGAAGAGCGAAUGAAGGAACUCAUUACCCAUGCAUGGAAUGCUGUUAAACGCCUUACUGUACAGUUGGAGCUGCAGUCAUGCUGUGUGUUCCUGCCCAACGACAGCCUUCCCUCCCCGACUACCAUCAUCUGUGGAGACAUCCCUGGCACCGUCCGCAGUUGGUACCACAACCAGGCCUCCAUGCCGGGCACUCUGGUAGUCUGCCUUCCCCAGAUCAGUGUCUUCAGUGCCGGACACAAAUACAUGGAACCACUGCAGGAGCUGCCCUUUGUUGUGUCUAAGCCCAUUUUGGAGGAGGGCGAUGCCUUUCCAUGGACAGUAAGCCUGAGUCAGUUCAGUGUAUAUACUCUGCUGGGGCAACAGAGAAGCCUGAGCCUGUUGGAGCCCAUGGGGUGUACCUCCACAUUGGCCGUCACCUCUCACAAGCUGCAGGGCCCUGGGACGGGCUGCCCUGAGGGACGCCACUCCUUUGUAGUGUGCCUGCAUGUUGAUCUACAGCCAGUCCAAGUCAAGUGCUCCAACCCACAGGUUCAGCUGUUGUACGAGCUCUUCCUCAGCUGGAGCUCUACAUCGGCUCGCCUCCAGAAGCAUGGCAUCCUGCGUCAGACCUCCACUAUUCCAGAACCCGCUGCUGGUGCGACUCCAUCCUCCCCAGUUCGCAGCAGUGCAGGCACCGCCCCGCCAGACACCAGCACCUGCAGCCCCUCCGCCGAUUUCGGCUCCCCAACAGAGGGUGACUCAGUGCCUGCUGGAGAUGACAGUCCAUUCUCAGACACAGUGACCCUGGAGCAGAAAACGAGCAGCAUAGGUGGCACCAGUGGGAAGGUCAGCCUUUGGAUGCAGUGGAUGCUUCCCAAGGUCACUGUUAAACUGUUUGCCCCGGACCCUUCUGCCAAAAAGACAGAGAUCUGUGUUAUCAGUGAACUGGAAGACCUGAGCGCCUCAGUAGAUGUUCAAGACGUUUACACAAAGAUCAAGUGUAAAGUGGGCAGCUUCAACAUCGACCACUACAAAUGCAGUUCAGAGGAGGGUGUUUGGAGCUCGGGCAGCUGUGGAGGAGUGGUCCUCUCUUGCACUGACAAGCUGAACAGACGCACUGUGCUGGUUCGACCCGUCAGCAAGCAAGACUCUUUCAGCCACUUUACUGGUUUUUUCCCUCCUACCGCAGCCAAGGUCCUGGAAGGCUCUCACCAGCAGCAUGGCUUCCUUUCCAUCACCUACACCCAAGCCGUCACCAAAAAUGUACGCCACAAGCUCACCACACGGCCUGACCGGCCUUCGCGCAGCAGCAUUGCCACUGGUAGUCAGCGGGUGACUACUGAUCCUCUGGCAGACGGUUCGCCUCAGUACCUUCGAGAAAUCCUGCUGACCGCCCAGCCAUUUGAUGUGGUACUCUCCUGUCCCUUAUUGGCCACUGUAGCAGGGCUGUUCCAGGCUACACUACCGAGACGCUACCGAGAGCGUGGGAAGUCAGCUGGCCAGCCAAUGAGAAGCCACACGUUGACCUCUCGGUGUUUGCCUCUCAUCUACAUCAACACCAGUGUGAUCAGGGUCUUCUGUCCUGGAGCACAGGACAAACACACAGCAUCAGUUGAUUCCCAUUUGAAGAAGGAGGACACCCUGGUACUGAAGCUAGCUUCCCUCAGCAUGGCUCCUCAGGCUGAUAACCCUCUGACCCGCACUGUACUGCGCAAAGACAUCUACCAACGUGCGUUGAACUUGGGCAUCCUACGUGACCCUGGUUCUGAGGUGGAAGACCGUCAGUACCAGUUGGACCUCCAGUCCAUCAACAUCGGCACGGCCCAAUGGGAGCAGCUGAAGCCAGAAAAGGAGGGAGCGAAAGGAGGGGUAUCAGCAGAGAAUGAGAGGAGCUCACAGAACCCGGCCCUGGAGUGGAAUAUGGCCAGCAGUAUCAGGCGGCACCAGGAACGCCGGGCCAUCCUGACACCCAUCCUGACUGACUUCUCUGUCCGGGUGACUGCUGCCCCAGCCAUCAUCUUCAGCAAGACCCUUUCCCCUGACACUGGACAGGCAGAGGAAGUGGUGGUGUGUGGUCACUCUCUAGAAGUCAAUGUGACCAGCAGUCUGGACUUUUACCUCAGUGUUGCCCAGGUCCAGCUCCUUCAGCAGCUUAUCAGAGACAACAUGGUGGGCAUGGAUACCCCCGAGAAGAGCACUGAGGUGCUGCGACAAGAGCGGGAGCGUAGCGGUCGGGAUGCAGCGGCAGGUGGUGACUCGUCAUCUCGUCACAGUGGGGCAGGGCAGGACAGUGGCUUUGGCAGUGACAGCGCCCACAUCCGCAUUGUCCAGAUAGAGCAACAGAGUGGGGCCAGCCACCAUCGCCUCGCCAGACCAUCCCACAAGUCCACCAUCAUCAAGAAUCUUAGCUUCAUCCCCUUCGACAUCUUCCUCACCGCCAGUAAGCUGUCUGUCAUGACCUACGCUUGCUCCAGCCCCCCAAAGGCCCUCCCCUCCUCGUCGGACACCCCCAGCACACCAGAGAAGAAGGAGCCUGGGGAUAAGGUGGGGAAGAGUGCCCUCAACCAGCCUGAAAUCCCAUGUGAGUCCCCCCCCAAGUCGGCCUCCCCAACCCUGGACCCUGCCCCCGUGGCUCAGGGUUCCCUGGCUGGUCUGACUGCUGAGGACCUCCUGAACAGCAACACAUCCCAGACCCAGCCAGCCUCCCCGCUGCUGAGAGGCAGCCUGCUCUCCCUGGACGGCCUGCCUACUCCCAGCCGCUCCUCAGCCCGCCAGGCCCUGGGUGUUACCAUCGUGAGGCAGCCAGGCAGGAGAGGGCCUGGGGAUUUGGUUCUGGAGCCCCUGCUGUACCUGCAGGUGGUGCAGCCCUCUGCCCUGCUCAGUUGCCACCACCGGAAGCAAAGGAUGGAGUUGUCAGUAUUUGAUGUAGCCUUAAGAGGGGUGGCCUCAGACUACAAGUGCCUAGAUCCAGGGAAGACUCUGCCAGAGUCUCUGGACUACAACGUGUUUUGGCUACAGACGGUAGCAGGAGAGGCUGACAGUAAAACGGGCAUCCCUCCUCCUCUGCUCUGCUUGCAGAUCAAAGACUUCCUCAACGGACCAGCUGAGCUGAAUGUGGAGCUAUCACGCCCCCUCAAGAUCAGUCCUACUCUGGCUAAGCUGGAGCAGGCCAAGACCUACCUGAGAAAAGUUUUACCAAACCAAAUGUGGGAUUCCUCCAGUAAACCUCCCUCCACAUGCGCCACACCUCACUCUUCCCCAACCAAGACACCACCCAGGACUGGUCCUCCUCGCGCUGACACCCACCAUCAGGGGUCUGCCCUGAGCAAGGCCAGCAGCCUCAGGGCCCUAGCCAUGUCCUUCCACAAGGUGUCCCUCCACACUGCCCAGAUAGUGGUAUUCAUGGAGACAGAGUCACAUCCAGUGAAGCCCAGUGUGACAGUGUCAGUGUCAACAAUGACUGGGUGUCUAAACAUGAAACCAGGGCCCAGGAUGGAAGAUGCUGUCCAGGCUGCCUCUGUGCUAUUGGAGUUGCAGGAUGUGUUGGUGAGAACUGGACUGAAGGACCGGAGCCGUCUGCUGCUGGGACCUUUCUCCUGCAGUGCCGCCCUAGAGGCCCGGUGGUGUCGGCACAGUGGCAGCCCUGGUCCUGAGCCCGGCCCCCCUAAACUACUGUUGGACCUUAAAGGAGGCUUGCUGCAGGUCUUUUGGGGCCAGGAGCAUUUGAAUUGUCUCAAGUUGGUUGAGGAGCACCUACAGGCCUACCUGCAUUUCCAGAAAGGGGACUCAGCUGAUAUCUGUUCUAAUAAGGGCAAGCCCAACCACACUCAGGCACCUCCCUGCCCAUGUUCCCCCUCUCCCAGGACAGAACACAGCUCCGAUGACCUGCGCACAGGCCUUUUCCAGUACAUCCAGGAUUCAGCCUCUCAGAGACUGCCGGGGCCUUAUGAGGUCGUGUUCUACAGUGAGACAGAGGACAGCCCAGGGGUGAUGAUGUGGAGGUAUCCCGAACCGCGGGUACUCACCUUCGUCAGGAUAACCCCCGUCCCCUUCAACACCACAGAGGAUCCCGAGAUAAGCACGGCUGACCUGGGAGAUGUCCUGCAGGUUCCAUGCAGCCUAGAGUACUGGGAUGAGCUCCAGCAGGCCUUUGUUCCCUACCGGGAGUUCAGCCUGUCAGAGAGCAGUGCCUGCCAGCUGCAGCUGCCCAGCCUCAGUCUCACCAACCAGCAGAAGGAGCUGGUGGCCUCAGAUCUUUGGAGGAUCGUACUCAAUAAUAACGGAGAGGGAGGAGAUGAGCAGAGUUCGGACAGUGAGUCUGGUUCCCAGCUACCCUGCGAUCAGCUGGUGUCUCCCACAGCGUUGGCAGCCUGCACUCGUGUGGACUCCUGCUUCGCUCCCUGGUUCGUUCCCUCACUGGGCAUCUCCCUGCAACUGGCACAGAUGGAGGUUCACCUCUGCCACCACCUAGAACAACUGGGCACAGUUCCAUCUCGGCGUCUUCGUCCCUUCGUGCCAGACAGGAAGUUACCUCAGGAGCAGGAGUUCUUGGUGAUUGGGGCUCGGGAACCUCGGGUCUUCCUGCGUCAGUGGAGCAGUGGAGUGCGUCUCUGCCAGGAGUUCAGCUUUUCCACCCAGCUGGACUGCAGGCUGCUGGAAUACCGUAACCUAACGCACCUUCAGCUUCUGCAGCCUUUCAUGCUACAAGGCCAGGCUGCAGCCACCUGCUACCCCCAGAGCACCAUGCUGGAUGGAAAUGUGUUUGUGGACCCAGUGUUCCUCAAUAUCAGUCAGUAUACCAUCCAUACCCUGGACACUGCCUUGCAAAGCUGGCAACAGAAUGGGAACUCAGAGGCUGAGGAGCUGGUCUACAGCCACUAUGUGAUCUGCAACGACACCCAUGAGACGCUUCGCUUCGGCCAGGUGGACACAGAUGAAAACGUGUUGCUGGCCAGCCUGCACAGCCACCAGUACAGCUGGAGAUCUCACAAGUCCCCUCAGCUGCUGCACAUCUGCAUCGAGGGUUGGGGAAACUGGCGCUGGUCGGAGGCCUUCAGCGUGGACAAUGUGGGAACUCUGCUCAGGACAAUCCAGUACAAAGGACGCACCGCCUCGCUCAUCAUCAAAGUGGUGCAGCUCAACGGUGUCCAGAAACAGAUAAUCAUCUGUGGCCGGCAGGUGAUGUGCAGCUACUUGGCCCAGGACAUUGAACUUCGGGUGGUGCAGCACUAUGUGGGUCCAGAUGGUCAGACAGUGGUCAGAGAGCAUUGUGACUGUCUGGAGGCUGGGGCCAAGCUUCCCUCCUAUGUCUUGGAGGAUGCUGAGAUGACGGAGCUGUGCUUGAGGGCGCGAGGAGACGAGGACUGGUCCCAGGACGUCCAGCUGGAGAAACAGGACAAGUGCAGCAGCAGCUCCGUGGUGCAGGUGCCUUGCUCUAGCGGUUCUUUGCUCUACGUGUGGUGCACUCUCAUCACUAUUGAACCUGAUUCUCACAUGCAGCAAAGGGUGGUGGUUUUCAGUCCACUGUUUGUGAUGAGGAGCCAUUUGCCAGAUCCAGUCAUCAUCAACAUAGAGAAGAGGAGUCUGGGGCUGAGGGAGAGCCAGCUGAUACAAGGACAGGGCCACCAGGAGCCCUUGUUAAACACUGAGGCUGAUCUCACACACCACCUCACCUUUCAAGCCAGGGAAGAAGAAGAUGCCUCCCAUUGUGCGGUACCAAUCUCAACCAGCCUGAUCAAACAGAUAGUGAACAAGGCCGGGACCAAGGACAACCUGGAGCACAUCCUGGCUGAAUUUUACGGCCCGAAGAACUCCACUGAGUCGCCCUGGCCCUACGCCACCAAAGAUUCAGACAGGUUCAUAGUGGAGCCCCUUGCCCAGUGGGACAGUCCCAUGCAGGUGAAGUUGUCUUGCUGGAAGUCCGGCCUGAACACCCUGCUGGUGGAGCUGCUCCCAUGGGCGUUACUGGCCAACCACUCCCACUGGGACCUCUGGCUGUUUGAGGGAGAGACCAUCGUGCUGCAGAUACCAGCUGGAAAGGUUAUUGUACCACCGAACUUCAAGGAAGCCUUCCAGAUAGGUAUCUACUGGGCCCACACCAACACCGUCCACAAGUCCACAGCACUGAAGUUAGUCCACGACCUGACCUCUCCUCGCUGGAAGGAGGGCUCAGGUUCGGAGGUGGUCACUCUGGACGAGGAGGGCUACGUGGAGGCCGACAUCACUCUGGGAGCCUUUCCUGGAAAACAGAAGCUGUGUCAGUUCUGCGUGUCAUCUAUGGUGAGACACGGCAUCCAGAUCCUGCAGAUAGAGGACAGAACAAUUAUCGUCAACAACACUCCUUACAGUUUACAGUACAGACCUCUGCUGUCUGAUCACACACUAGGAGCAGAUGACCAGCCCUAUGAGAUCCCAGACACAGCAGCGUUCAGCCUUGCUCCAUCAGAACCGGACUCCCCUGCCAGGCCCUGCUCUGUGCCGUGCUGGGACCUCGUCCGAACCAGCAUGCAGGGUGAGGUGGAGUUGCCUCUUCCUCUCCGACACAUGCUCUUCAGCUCAUUCCCUAGGCCGGACAGCGGGGUAGCAGCUGGACCCGUGGCGUGGAGCCUCCCCACUCCCAUCCGAUCAGACUUCCCCCGGCAAAGCGUGUCCGUCCCUUGGGAGCUGGGUGGCGGGGCCGGCGUGAGCAGCAGAGCCUUGGUGCUGACAUAUCAGGAACACCUUGGGGUGACAUACAUCACCCUGAAUGAAGACCCGUGUCCUCGGAUGGUCGUCCACAACAAGUGUCCCAUCCCACUGCUGCUGAAAGAGAACGUCAGAGAAUCCCCGAGGACUGAGGUGUACUGCCGUCCUCUGCCUCCCAACUGCUCAGUGCACCAUGAGCUCUACCACCACGCCUCCUGUUUCCCAGACUGCAGGCAGAGAGAGGCGCUGCCCACCCUCCUGCUAAAAACCACCUCAGAUCACAGCAGCACCGACUGGACCGACCCCAUCGACAUCAACUGCCCCGGCACACAGGUGGUGUUUCUGCCAGGCUUUGGCUGUCUCUAUGUAGACAUGGUGUACAACAGAGGAACCCUGGUUCUGUCCCUGGCACCAGAGGGCAGCGUGGACUCUGUGCUCAGCCAGUACAGCAGAUCCUCCAAUCAGAAGCUGGCCUUCAAAGUCCUUCUCAGUGAGGCCAGUGUGUCACUAAGUGAUGACAUCACCAGCCCCUCUGGUUCUGUGGAGCUGCUGAGGCUUACCUUGACCAAGCUGCUCCUCAGCAUGGCUCCAGCACCCGCCUCCCUGCCCUCCGACCUGGCGUCCGACCCCAGUAAGGGCACAGCGCCCGUCUCCGCCCUCAUCCCGGACGCCUUUCUGAUCGAGCUGCACUGCUCGGGUCUCCAAGUGGACAACCAGCUGUACAACCGAGCCAGCUUCCACUUCCCUGUGCUGCUGUGCCAGGAACAGAGAGGGGGCGUCGAGGUGGGGGGCCCGUGGAGCAGCGAUGCCAACCCCACCGACUCUCUAGAGGCGCUGGAGCAGUUUAAACACUCCUGCUUCCUCCAGCUGGGCCUGACGCUGGCAGAGGACGGACAAACUGUGGAGCAGGUCAACUUCCACCUCCAGCCUGCCAGAGUCUAUCUAGAGGACACAUUUGUUUACUACAUUAAGACCCUGUUCCACACCUACAUCCCUGACAGCGCCAUGGCCCCAACCACAACAGAGUCCCAGAGGAGGAGAGAGCCAGGAGGAGCUCCCACCCUCCCUGAACAGGUGAUUCAGUCGGUGCAGGCGCUGGUCCACCCUGUGCGGAUGCAGCGGCUGGCCAUCCAGCCAGUCAACCUGCUGGUCAGCAUCCACGCCUCCCUUAAACUCUACAUCGCCUCUGACCACACUCCCCUCUCCUUCUCCCUGUUUGAGCGAGGCCCGCUCUGCACCACAGCCAGACAGCUGGUCCACGCUUUGGCCAUGCACUACGCUGCAGGAGCCCUCUUCAGAGCCGGCUGGGUGGUGGGGUCUCUGGAGAUCCUGGGCAGCCCUGCCAGUCUGGUGCGGAGCAUCGGUAACGGCGUGUCCGACUUCUUCCGACUGCCGUACGAGGGAUUGACGCGCGGGCCUGGAGCCUUCGUCAGCGGGGUGUCCAGAGGGACCACCUCUUUCGUCAAACAUAUCUCAAAAGGCACACUGACAUCCAUCACUAACCUGGCAACCAGUCUGGCCAGGAACAUGGACCGUCUGUCUCUGGAUGAGGAGCACUACACCAGGCAGGAGGAGUGGAGACGACAGCUACCAGAGAGCCUCGGAGACGGGCUGAGACAGGGGCUGUCGCGCCUCGGCAUUAGCUUGUUAGGGGCGAUAGCCGGCAUCGUGGAUCAGCCCAUGCAGAAUUUCCAGAGGACCUGGGAGUUGCAGAGCUCAGCGGGCAGCAAGGCUAAAGGGGUCAUCUCUGGGGUGGGGAAAGGCAUCGUGGGGGUUUUCACCAAGCCCAUUGGGGGAGCAGCCGAACUUGUGUCUCAGACCGGAUACGGUAUCCUGCAUGGAGCAGGCCUGUGGCAGCUUCCUAAACAACUCUACCUGCCUGCAGAGCAGAAGUCUGCUCAGGCCCCCAACAGCCACCUGAAAUAUGUCUGGAAAAUGCUCCAGUCUCUGGGCCGCCCGGAGGUGCACAUGGCCCUGGAGGUGACCAUCGUGAGUGGGUCAGGGCAGGAGCACGCCGGCUGCCUCCUGCUCACUUCAGAAGUCCUGUUUGUUGUCAGCCUCAGUGAAGACACCCAGCAGCAGGCCUUCCCCAUCACCGAGGUGGAGUGUGAGCAGGAGGCGGGAGAGGGCCAGCUCACCCUUACCUUACAGCAGCAGACAGUCACCAAUGACACUGAGGGUGACGGUGCUCGUGAGCGUCUGUCAGAGCAGCAGUAUCGGCGGCUGCUGGAUUACGUGACGCGGGCCUCGCAGUACCUCUCCCCCUCCGCCACCUCGCUGCAACAACAGCCCCCAGUGACACUCGCCGAGCCGCCACCCACCGUCACCAAGUCCUACCACUACCUGGUGGAGCCCGCCUUUGCCAGGGUGUUCGUCAGCAAGUUCACCAUGGUAAAGAACAAGGCCUUACGCAUCGGAUUCCACUGAUAAACACAGAAACACAUCUGCAUUCAAAUAGAGCAGAAAAUCUGAUCUUUAAUUGUACAUGGCUGCAGUCUGAAAAGGGAAAAAUGUGCCUGACAGCCACAAGAUCAGACAAAGUUUUUUUUGUUGUUGUUGUUGUGUGGCCUUUGCCUCUAGCGUUUGAUUCAAAAAAGGUUCUUGGGAUACACUGAACCCUGGCUUUUUGUAACAAAUAAUUCCCCAUUUAUGCAAAAGAUACCUGUUAGGGUGAUUUAUCCUUAGGGUUAUAGAAUAUUCUCACAAAUUGCCUUUCAAAGUAACAUUUUCAUCAGUGAACAUAGUCUGUAGUGAACACUAAUGUUAAAAAAUACAAAGAUAAAAAGAAUUACUAUAUGAACCUAAACAACAAACUUUUUGUCCUUGAA